AUGAAGUCCCUAUUGUCUGCCCUUGUGGUCAUUAUGUUCCUGGCCCAUUUGGUCACAGGUAACUGGUAUGUGAAAAAGUGUGCAAACACAUUGGGCAACUGCAGGAAGACAUGCCGAGAGGGAGAGCAGCACACGGAACCUGCAACAAGCAAAUGCCCCAUAGGAAAACUGUGCUGUGUGCUGGACUUCAAAAUUACUGGUCAUUGUGGGGGCUCCUCACAGUCUUCAGAAGGAAACCAAGAUUCGGCUGCGGCAGGGGGGCAACACGGGGGAGGGGGAGAUCAGGCAGCAGGGGCAACACAGGGGACAGGGGCGACACAGGCUUCAGAGUCCAUAGCUGCCAGCACUGCCGCAGCCUAA